AUGGAAUCGCAGCGUGAUUCCAGAACUGCACCUUUCUACCCUGUCCCGCCUCGACGUUUGGGCAAUGCAGGAAUCCAAAACAUUUUGAACCCGCCCAAAGCUGAUACACCCGCUCAGCUAUCACUGCGACCAGAGGAUGUUAUGGCUCGGCAAAUCCAGUCCAUCAGCUGUCCAUCAAAUAAUGUUUUGCUCAAAGUCACUGUCCCAAAAAGAACAGGCCGAAAACGCAAACGAGGCUCGGACGAGCCCUUCACUGAGGCUAGUUCAAUGGCCGAGUCUCCUACGCGACAAACCUCAAAAGACUUGCUGCGCAAUCUACAAGACAAUGCCUCCAAAUACCGCAUUGAAGCGGUAGGGAAAAUAGAACGUACACAUUUAUUUCGAGGCCUGCCGGACUUCAUGUGGUCGUCCACUCGCAGUUCCUUCACGAAUCAAUUCAGCCAGCAUAUUACUCCUUAUGACUUGGAUAAAAUGAAGAAAUUCCAGAUCAAUAUGUCCAAAGGUGCCAUUACGAAUGUGGACAUCAUCCCGCCGCCCUCAUUCACCCAGGGCGAUCUUCCAUUCCAGUACAUGUAUCGCCAAAAUCCAACAGUGAAACAAGCCGUCGACGAAUCUGGCAAAAUGAUCACAGUGAACACCCAGCAACCGACGAAGAUUCGCAGCCAUCUCGUCGCAUUCGACAUUCCCGUUGUCCCAUCCGAGCCCCAAGAAGACCUCGCUCCAAUCGAAAGCCUCGAUCCGAUCCUUCGUGGAACCAUCGAAAGGGUCAAAAAGCUCUUCGAAGAACGACCAGCCUGGACCCGACGUGCUAUUCGCAGUUACUUGGCGUCAGAUGAACAGCAACCCCUUCUCCGCCAUGCAUUGCCCUAUGUUGGGUACAUUUUCCGCUCUGGACCGUGGCGCGACGCUAUCAUCAAGUUGGGCGUGGAUCCGCGCACUUCCCCAGAGUACCGUCAUUACCAAACGUUCAUGUUCCGUGUCGCCGAUUCCAAUGAAGCCGACCUCGACAAUCCCAAUUCCGUCUCCGGGUCUGCUCAUGCAGACACACACAUAUUCACUGGCCAAUUACCCCUCCCACGCGACGGCCGCAUCUGGAUGGCCGGUGAUAUCAAAGAUCCAAUUCUCGCCUCGAUUCUCUAUCCUGCCGAUCCACCACCCUCCUUCUUACGCUCGGAAUGUGAAAUCAUCAGUGACGGCUGGUUUGGUAAUGGCACAAUGGCAAAAGUGAAGACCAUUAUGCGAGCCAAGAUCGCGGCUCUCGUUGAAAAUUCCACGGCGUCGGACUCUGAAUUUCAGCGCAUUGCUCUAUUCCCCGACCAUGCAUCUAGCGAGGAGGAUCUCGCUGCUUACUUUACGGUAGAUCCGGCAACGUCGUCUAGUAAGGAGAUCUCUUAUGCGACGGAGGUGAGAGCGUCUAUCAAGGGGGCCCCGCUUUGGAGAAGAAAGAAUGAAAAGGAGUCGUAUGGGAUGGAGAAGAGACCUGGCCGUGGUGGACCAAGGAAGAGGGGGAAAAUGGUUGAAUUUGAAGGGGUGGAUGCGAAUAAUGAACCAGAGCAGAGUGAGGGUGAAGAAGAGGAGAUGCAACGGAAAGAGAUACUCGAGGAGCAGGUCGCUGCCGCUCUGGCGGCAAGAGAUGCUGCCCAGGAAGAGGAAGAAGGUGAAGAGGGAGAUAAUGAUGAGGAUGAAGGAGAGGACGUGGAUGAGGACGAUGAUGACAAUUGA